CUCGCCAUGACAUCACCGAAGUUCUUCAGUAAAGCGCCAACACAACCGAAGGUGCUACCAUUUGCAUCUGCGACGGAUCCCACGUUGCAUCGCUCGGCGUGGAAGAGCACUCGAGCAAUUGAGACUUUUACUCUGAUUCCUCGUAGGCCACCUUCUCGGUUUCGCGGGCAACUACGUUAUGAUCUGUUGGGUCCAUUGCAACCGUCAGCUCCGAAGACAGUAGAGUCUACGGGUGAUUCUGAGUCACCUGUCUCAAAAUUUAAAUCGCUAGCUAAUGACGAUUCUCCUGAAUCUACAAACAAUGCAAAAGUUUCUACUGACGAGCCCCAGGGCUCAAGUCCAACGCAGCAGGCCUUGGGUCCUCGACAAGACGCUGCUACUACUAAACCUGCAACAAAUAACGAAGCAGUGGUAAAAAGUACACAUGCUGGUGCGAAAACUUUGAUGACGAAUCUGGAGGAGCUGCGCUGGUUCCAGCAUCGGUGGCUAGAUAAGCACGGCAGGAACAGCAACCUCAAGACAACUCGUGAACAAUUAGCUCUAAUGCGGCGUUGGUUUGACUCACUUGACGCUGACGGAUCUGGUGAAGUCGGGCUGGACGAACUGGAGGAUCCUCUCGUGUCAGUCGGACUAGCAGCCAGUCGAGACGAUGUGCAGCGUUUGAUCGAGGAGGUGGAUGUCAAUGGCACUGGUAGUGUCACUUUCGACGCUUUCCUGAAUUUAUUUUACCCAGAACGAGUCAAGCGUGAGCGAACUCGAAGAUUUCCUCCUCCACUGCAUGCUCCAAAGCAUCGACCCCCCGCACGGUCCCAAGUUUCGUCGGGUAUUUCUAAAGCGAAUCCGAAAGGAAAGCGUUCUAGACAUGUGGAAACAAACGUUGUCAAUCCAGUGGCCCGUCUAUUCGAGAACCUCCAAGCUGGUAAACUCGUGUUGCAGGCACUUGAGUCAACAAAGCGAGACAAUUCAACUCCUGAGACGACGUUUGAUUGGCGCAAGAAACAUACCGAUCUCCAGCUUCCGACACUACCAUGA